GUAAACAGUUUUUAUAAAGUAGUAAAAUCGGAAAGGAAAAAUAAACCAUCUGCUGUGCGCGAAUAGCAAAAAAAUAGUGGCAAACAGGUGAAAUGUUGAAAUACUUGGAAGUCUUGAAAAAAAAAAUAUCGGAUUUAUAUUAUGAGUAAAAUUUAUAGGCAUAUAUUUUUAAUUUGAUUCUUCUGCUACUUAGUUAAGUUUAUGCUUAAAACAUGGUAUCUUCUGUUAUGGUUAAAAAAAGUUGUGAAAGUUAAAUUAUCUUGUGUUGUAAACGUUUUUCUAAACUUUUAACCUAAAAUGUCUUUGUCAGUUUUGAUUAAAAGUGCAACUCAUCUUAGAGGGAGAUAUGACCGAAUUGCUAGAAUUACAUUUAGGGAUAUAACAUAUCAAACACAAGUUUACGAAGAUUGUUCAGAUGCUGAUUGGGAUGAAGAAUUUGACUGGCAACUUGAGUGUUCUCUCUCACCAAGUGAAUUUAUUGAAAUUAGUGUGCUUAACCACAACAAAAUAUUUAGUAAUAGAGUUGUUGGUGUGUUUCGUAUGGUAUUGCAACGACUGAUUAAUGAACCACAUUUAGAUAUAACUGAUAAUUUAUUGGAUGGAAAUAAUACUGUUCUUAAGGCACAAAUUUCAUUAGAGCUCACUUAUAACCCACCUAUAGGAAGUGCCAUUGAUUCAGUUUUUGGUUCUUACCAAAGUAAAAGUUUAUACAGUGAUAACCAUGACGAGAUAGAUACAGGUAUAUGUUCUAAAAGGAAAGGUUCACAGUUAAGUUUACCGACAUUCAAAGAAAAUGGAACUGUUAAUGAUUCUUCACUUAGUCUUACCAAUAACAAAAAAAAAAAGUUGAAUAGAUCGAAAUCUGAAAGUCAAUUUAGUUCCAAUCUUUCUGCACAAAAGACUUUGGAUGGGUUAGGAGUUGUUGUUGGUCCAUUUGGUCAGAUGCUUCAAUCUAAAGAACCUAUGACUAUGCAGGAGUCUAUGAUUAGUCUUAAUACAACUCUUGGUUUAAAGGAUGGGAUGCUUCAUCAACAUCCAAAGGUACGAUUGGAGACAUAUGAGUCAGUUAAAGAAAUAGACUACCAAGUUCAGUUACGUAUUAUUGAAGCUCGACAACUUUCUGGUAUGCAACUUGAUCCAGUUUGUACCAUUACUAUCGGAAAUCAAAAGAAACACACAGCUGUUAAAGAACAAACAAACACACCAUUUUGGGAUGAAUUUUUUGUAUUUGAUUUUAAAAUGCCAGCACAAGUCUUAUUUGAUAAGAUAAUUAACUUCCAAGUUUUUUCUGGUCGUAAUCUUGUCAGUCAAGGUGUGCUUAUCGGAAGUUUUAAGCUUGAUAUUGGAACUGUCUAUUCACAACAAGACCACCGCUUUGUUCGUCAAUGGGCUGUAUUAACAGAUCCUGAAGAAACUUUGGGUGCAUCUGGCGCUGGUAUUAAAGGUUACUUAAAAGUAGAUAUUACUGUACUUGGGAAAGGUGAUCCAAUUAAAGAACCUCCAAGUGUAAAAGACAAUGAAGAUGAUAUUGAAUCUAAUUUACUUCUUCCUGAAGGUGUUCCUGCUGAGCGACCAAAAGCUAGAAUUGUUGUUAAGCUUUAUAAGGCGGAAGGCUUGCCAAAAAUGAACUCUGGGUUAAUGGCUCAUAUGAAACGAGCUUUUACUGGUGAGGUUCGUGAUCUUGCUGAUCCAUACAUUGAAGUUUCAUUUGCUGGACAUAAGGCCAAAACAUCUAUAAAGAAGCAUACCUACAUGCCAGAGUGGAAUGAACAAAUCACAUUUUCAGAGCUGUUUCCACCUCUAUGUCGCAGAAUAAAGAUACAGUUAAAGGAUGGUGAUUCUGUUACUGAUGAAGUUGUGGGUACACAUUUUAUUGACUUAGCGCAAAUAUCUAAUGAUGGAGCUAAUGGUUUCAUGCCAACAUUUGGCCCAUGUUGGGUGAAUUUAUAUGGUUCAACAAGAGAUUUUUCUUUGUUUGAUGAAUAUAACAGUCUAAAUGAAGGGCUGGGUGAGGGUGUUGGUUUCAGAGGUCGUUUGCUAAUGGCAGUGCAGGCAGAGAUGGGAGACUCUGCAUCUGAUGUUGCCAUCAAGCAAGUUGAAAUUGAUGCAACUUCUCCAAUAUCAGAUACCGCUUGUGGAAGAGAAGAAGUGUUUCAGCUGUUUGCUUGCAUUUAUGAUGCCAACAUGAUCGAAAAAAAGAGUGCUGACCGUCCCAUCCAAUUUGAAAUAUCAAUCGGUAAUUUUGGAAAUACAAUUGAUGGUCAAGUGAUUCGAGAUAAUAUAGAUGGAGAUUUAGAUGCUGUCGAUGAUCGGUUUAUCCAUUCAUUGACAAUACCUUGCAGAGCAAUAUCAUCAGACAGGCAAUAUUAUUAUUUGCCAUACGAAGAUACAAAACCUUGUUUACACAUUAAGUUUAUUUGGCAGGAUCAUCGUCAACGUUUAUAUCUUUCAAAUAUGCUUUACAAGAUUUAUGAAACUUUAAGUGAUAAUCUAGAUGACAUACAUGAGCGAGUUAAGAUGGAUAUCAAUGAUACUUAUAAGUUUUUGCAAAGAUGUUUGCAAGAGCUAAUACAGCAGUCACAACAUUUUAUUUCAACUGCAAGUGGAAAAAUUGGUGGAAUUAGUAUAGGAAGAACAAAGUUGGAUAGAGAGCGGAAUAAGUUAUGCGUGACAGAAAUGAGACAAAUUGCUGAUCAUGCAAAAGUUGUUUUUGAUAAUAUUGUUGGUAACACUCACAUUCGUGAAAAUAUAAAGAUUUUAGUUGAAUUUCAAAAAAAACUUCAGGCAAUGAUAAAUGAGCCUCAAGACAGUCUUCCUGAUAUUUUUCUCUGGAUGUUAAGUGAUGGAAAGCGUGUCUCGUAUGCUAGAGUGCCAGCACAACAUAUUAUAUACUCACAAUCUGAUUAUGAGCGAGGUCGAGAUUCUGGAAGAAUGCAGACUGUAUUACUGAAGUAUCCUGGAAAAAGAGGCACUGGAUCAAAAGGCUGGAACAUUCAAGCAAAAUUAAACAUUCUGUUAUGGCUUGGUUUGCAUAAGCAUAAAAAAGAUUUCCUAAACAAUGCUCCUAAAGGUUUCCAAAUGCCUAAAUUUUGCUACAAACCCCUUGCACCACCUCCAAAUCAACUUAUUUAUGGAGAACAUAAAAAUUUCAUUCUACGAGCGCAUUUAUAUCAAGCAAGAAGUUUAAUUGGAAGUGACGCAUCUGGCUUGUCUGAUGCAUUUGCUCGUAUUAUUAUUGGAAGUCAAGCAGCAGACACUCGUGUCAUUUGGGAAACACGUUCUCCUACAUGGGAUCAAAUGGUUAUCUUUAAAGAUAUAAUUAUUUGGGGAGAUGUUGAUACUUUGGCUGCAAAUCCACCAACUAUUGUAAUUGAAAUUUUUGAUAAAGAUAUUGGGGGUGAUUCAGAGUUUAUAGGAAGAGCUUUAUCACGCCCUUUGGUUAAGUUAGCUCAUGAGAAGUAUGAGAAACCAUUGUUUCCACCUGCAUUGGAGUGGUUUGAAAUUAUGCGUGGCGAAGAAAGAGCAGGAGAACUGUUAGCUGCAUUUGAAUUAUUGCAGGUGGUUGAAGAAGGAAAAUGCUUUUUACCUGAUGAGGUAGAGCCUAUCGACUCAUUAGAUGGAAAGAUUUUGCCAGUGCCUGAUGGCAUUCGACCGGUUAUGAAGAAGCAUAGAAUUGAGGUUUUAUUUUGGGGUGUUCGAGAAAUGAAACGUGUCAACUUGACCACAGUUGAUCGACCACAAGUUGAUGCUGACUGUGCUGGACAUGUAGCUCAAUCAACUGUUAUUGUUAAUGCAAAACGAAAUCCGAAUUUUGCAAAUCCUGUUGCCUACUUUGAUGUGGACUUACCUGAAAAUGAACGUUAUUGUCCACCAUUAACAAUUCGAGUUCGAGAUUGCAGAACAUUUGGUCGCUUUACACUAGUUGGAACUCAUGUUGUUAAUUCUCUUCAUAAAUACUUGCAAGACCCAGAUCAGUACAAGUAUAUUGCUGAGCUCAGAAAAACUGAGGAAGACUUUUCAAGAUCAGAUUCUCCUGCACUAAAAAAACAAGCAAUGGUAGAACUUUAUGAUGAUCCAUUAGAAGAACCAGAACAAGAUAAAGAAGACAUUCCUCUGAUAGAUCCAAAAAUAAAAAAGCCACGUGAACUUCCUAUAAAAAAAGUAGAUAUUGAAGAUGAAGACGAUGAGAGCUCUUUGGAUUGGUGGUCACGUUAUUAUGAAACUAUUAAAGACACAGAACGAGAAGAAGAAGAUAAGAAGGCCAAAGAAAAACAAGUUAAACCUGAAGUGGGGAAGAAGAAUAAAAAUAAGUUUAGUGAUGGUCUUGACAUGGAAGUAGAAAAACGUUCUAAAAAAUCUAAUCCUAAAAUUACACGUCUAAAGAUAUACAGACAAGAGCUUGAAAAUUACACAAACUUCAACUCAUUUAAUGAUUGGUUACACACAUUUCCUUUGUACAGAGGUAAAAAGACCUCAGAAGAAGACGAUGAUGAACACCGCAUAGUUGGAACAUUUAAAGGUGCAUUAAAAGUUUGGAAACAUCCAUUACCACGCUUCCUUGAAAUUGAAAGUCCAACUGCAUCUUUUUUCAAGUUGCCAAGCAACGAGCCAUUUAGUGUUCUUGUUCGUGUUUACGUAAUAAGAGGAAUAAAUCUUCAUCCAACAGAUGUGAAUGGAAAAUCUGAUCCAUAUGUGGUAAUAAAUUUGGGUCGUCAAAAAGUGAAAGACAGAGAAAACUAUGUUUCUAAACAACUUAAUCCAAUUUUUGGAAGAGUGUUUGACAUUGAAGCUGUCAUCCCUAUGGAAAAUAUGUUAACAGUUAGUCUUUAUGAUUAUGACAUGGUUGGAACUGAUGAUCUCAUUGGAGAAACAAAAAUUGAUAUUGAAAAUCGACUAUUCUCAAAGCAUAGACCUUCUUGUGGUCUAUCAACUACUUAUUCAACAUUUGGUUUUAACAAAUGGAGAGACCCAAUGAAGCCUACUCACAUUUUAGCAAGAUUGUGUAAAGAUGAAGGGCUUGAUGGCCCUCAUUAUAUAGCAUCUGGAAAAUGCAGAGUGGAAAACAUGAUUUUUGCAGCAUCUAGUACAAUCUUGGAUGAAGCUGGUAAUCUUAAAACAUCAGAUGAGCCAUGUGCACUCAAAGCUCUUCAUAACUUCCAUCGAAUACCGAAAAAAGGAUUUCAUUUAGUACCUGAGCAUGUUGAAACUAGAACACUAUAUAAUCCAGAAAAACCUGGGGUUGAGCAGGGUAAAAUAGAACUUUGGAUUGACAUGUUCCCAAUGGAUAUGCCUUCUCCUGGAGCUCCAGUAGAAAUCACUCCUCGGAAACCUGCAAUGUUUGAGCUGCGUGUAAUUAUAUGGAAUACUGAAGAUGUCUUGAUGGAUGAAAUAAAUCUAGUAACUGGGGAAGCAUGUAGUGAUAUUUAUGUUAAAGGUUGGCUGGAGGGUUUAAAAGAAGAAAAACAACAGACAGAUGUUCAUUAUCGUUCACUAACAGGAGAAGGAAAUUUUAACUGGAGAUUUGUUUUCCCUUUCCAAUAUCAAAAGGCUGAAGAAAAAAUUGUUAUAAAAAAAAAGGCAAAUUUUUUUUCCUGGGAUGAAUCUGAAGAAAAGGUUCCAUCAAGACUUACACUUCAAGUUUGGGAUGCAGAUGCUUUCUCUGCUGAUGAUUUCAUCGGGGACUUAUGUUUGGACCUGUCCCACAUGCCCCGUGGUGCUAAGACAGCAAAAACAUGUACUUUGGAAACAACAAAGUGUGACAAAACUGUUUCCAUUUUUAAAGUUAAACACAUGAAAGGAUGGUGGCCUUUUGCAGUAAAUACAGAUCUUGAGGCUGUUGAACUUGCAGGAAAGGUUGAAGCAGAGCUUGAACUUCUAACUCAAGAAGAAGCAGAAAAAGUUCCUUGCGGACUUGGUAGAGAUGAGCCUCAGCCAUUAGAUAAACCAAAUCGACCAGAUACCUCUUUUACGUGGUUUAUGAAUCCUUUUAAGUCAUUGCGUUAUAUGAUAUGGGAACAGUAUAAAUUUUGUUUGCUUAAGUUCUUGGUUGUAGCUAUGCUUAUGGGUCUGAUGAUUCUCUUCUUUUACUCCAUGCCGGGCUACACUGUUAAAAAAAUGUUUGGUGCUUGAUGACAAGAUGUUUUUUAUGAGAUAUGCAGUCGAUGGGUGUAACUUUUUUUUAUGCCCAGACAUUACUUUUUAUGACGUAUUGUUUAUGAUGAUAAAUGUUUAUAUAAAGUUAAACUUAAAAGUUUGAAGUAGAAUUUGUUUAAAGUGGUUAUUAAACUAAUUUUAAGAUGUAUGUCGUUAAACGAUAUUUAACCAAUUUUUUAAUUGUAAGUUAACCGUUAUAAUAUAAGUUGGUUGUAAAUAUUAACAAUGAAUGUAUAAAAAUUAUAAUUUAAUAUAUUUCUGUCUAAGAAUUGUUUAUAUACUUUUAAUUUGCGUCUGAAAACUGACAACUUUCAUACAAAAA